AUUGCGAACGCGGAAACUACCCCAACAACAGGGGGAGGGGCUUGUCGGAAUACCGGUGGUAUAACAACAACACCUACAACGUUACAACGAACCACAAAAACGACAUUCAGGCUUAAUAACGUCUCUUCACUUUCCGCUUAAACAUACAAGGUGAGUUUGAGCAGGCAUGGCCCGUACGAAACAGACCGCCCGUAAAUCCACAGGAGGUAAAGCUCCCCGUAAACAGCUGGCCACUAAAGCAGCCCGAAAAAGUGCGCCCUCUACAGGAGGGGUGAAGAAACCGCAUCGUUACAGGCCCGGUACUGUGGCUUUACGUGAGAUCCGACGUUAUCAGAAAUCCACAGAGCUGUUGAUAAGGAAGCUGCCGUUCCAGCGACUGGUCCGAGAAAUCGCUCAGGACUUCAAAACCGACCUGAGGUUUCAGAGUGCUGCAAUUGGAGCUCUGCAGGAGGCGAGUGAAGCAUAUCUGGUAGGUCUGUUUGAGGACACUAAUCUGUGUGCUAUCCACGCCAAGCGGGUCACCAUCAUGCCCAAAGACAUCCAGCUGGCACGCCGCAUCCGUGGAGAACGCGCUUAACACACACACACACACACCACAACAACAUGUACACACACUUCUAACUACACACUCUCUCACAUGCUCUGUCUCUCACUGUGUAUAUGUCUCUCUCCUUCUGUCCUGUGUGUGUGUGUGUGUGUGUGAAAUCACAUGAAGGCUCCUGAUUGGCUGGUUGUACGUUUUGGUGUGUAAUUGUAGGCAAAGUUCUGGUUAUUGUGUGUAUUGUGUAUCACUGGAUUUAGUGUGGCUUAGAUUCUCCUGUGUGUGUGUGUGUGUGUAACUCAGUACGUAUUUGUCACCAUUUAAGGCUGAAAGAAAGUAAAUACAAACGUCCAGCUUCACAUUAUCGGUGCCGGACAGUGAGAUGAUCACACACACACAAGUUUUUUUAGUGUUUAUUAUUUUGAAUGUUUUUAUUCCUGAGCUUGUGUUCAUUAAUCUGGUCUCAUUAGCAGGGUUUUCUACGUUGUUUUGUACAGAAUGGAAUGUAUCAGAUUUUAUUCAGUAGAUAAAUAAAGGUGUUGUUUGGCCUGA